GCGAACGUAGAUCAACCUCUCUCCGGGUUUAACAUAUGCAUCUACCGCAACGUCGGACGAGUCUUGGCUGCACUCAUCCACGUCCUCGUCAUCGCAGCGGAGCACCGGUCUGCGACCGGGCAUUGCAGCUGACCCUGGUCAGCGUGUUGUGCAGUUUGCCCCACAGCAAUCUUUGCCCGCCCACGAUCGCGACACUAGUCUCGACUCGUAUGAUAUUCCGACUCGUGCCGACCUCCAAACUGAGAAGAGGCAAGGCAAGAAGCUUCGCAAAGCGCGUCCUCAGGACGGGUACGUGAGUGAUGGCGGAGACGGCUACACGAGUGAAGGUGGCGAUUCGAAACCCAAGGCGAAGAAGAACAAGAAGGAGAAGAAGGAGAAAGGCGAGGAUAGCGAUGGCGGUUAUCUUUCGGACAUCCUAGGGCGACGAAGACGAAACAAGGACAAGGACAAGGACAAGACCAAGAAGACAAAGUCCGAUGCGUUGAACUUAGGCACGGAUGCCGAGGGAGACGCAGAAGAAACAGAUGGAGGGCAUAUGUCUGGCGCGUCAUCCUUCGCACGCUCGAAACAAACCUCGGCGUCGAAGGUCAAAUCGAAGACUAAGUCGAAGCUCAAUCCAGGCGAUUCUAACUCGUUCCCCUCUCCUCAAAGCGGAGCAGAAGACUCUGACGGCGGCUACCUUUCGUCGUCCUCCGUAUCCAAAAAACGCAGAUUUUUCCGUCUGAAGCGAAGUGACACGGACGAUACUUCGCGAUCGUCGAAGGAGAGUAUUCCUCCGGUUCCUGCUCUUCCAAAGUUGGCGCUGUCGUCCCCUAGCGGAGAGCCAAUACAGCCCCGCUCAUUCACUCCCCUCCCUAUCGCGGAUCGGUUUGCCUCAAGGAGUAAUACUCCUCUUCCACGUAGCGAAACCCCGAGUUCUAGUCUCAGCUGGGAUAUUUCUGGGAGCUAUGCUGGAAGUUCGCGUGCGACUACACCCAUCUCGCCUGCCACACGCGCUUCCGAGUUCUCAGAAAACGACAGGCUACAGGACCGCGAUAGGCUUGCACUACCGCUGCCGUCGCCGAACCCGUCCAUGACUUCGCUCGAGUCCCUGCGCCUGACGCAUGCGUUUAAGGAUGCAGAAAGCGUCCGCACACCAAGCAUUGACGUCUUACGUGCCUUCGGCAGGCAAGCCGGCUUGAACAUGCGGGACGAGGAUGUCAAGACGUAUCUCGCUAGCAGAGGCGUGGACAGGAUGAAGGACGAGAACAGUUCGCUGGCGAGCACAAGCUACGGUUCCUUACGCGACGCAGCACAGGCUGGCGCUCUCAGGAACGGUGUUGGCGGCACGUACACGGCCCGUGAGAGGUCUGAUUCCGGCGCAACAGAGCAUGAAGCCACCAGACCAGAUACUUCGACUCUGGAUCUUCCAAGUCCUGGGCUCAAGAUCAAGAGGACGCUGUCCAAAAAGCGGACACCUACGCCAUUGAUAAGUGUUGGGUCAGCUGCGACGUCAAGCAAGCGAAUGGAUGUUCGUUCUUAUGAGGCACUGAAGGGCCACGCCGGCAAUGAGCAACGAGCAUUCAACAUCGGCGGUGACGAUGCUUCCAUCGCGAGCACUGUUCGGCACGAUGAAGACGGCUACGAAGCGGACUUGACUGUCGAUGUUACACCUGCCACUCCGAGCUCGGGACGGUCGAGGUUGACUGAGUCGUCAGGUGUGUAAUGUCGUCCUAACCACGAAAGGGUCGUCU